CGGAAAAGCAAAAACACGGUACGAAAAGCAAAACGGGCUGCAAAAUUUCCCAUUGUAGCAUGUGCCUGUCUCCAUUGGGUGCCAAACGCUCCCUCUUUGGGGCUAUGGUACAACUACUGCCAGCAACGCACACAGCACGGUGGUAGCAGUCUUCCGAGUACCGGCGCUGCGCUGUACCGCCUGCAACUACACAGCAACAAAGGGCCAGCUUCCUGUGUUCUAGGCUGGAGCCCAUGCAUGCAUGCAUGCACUUUGGCUGCUGUUGACAGCUGAGGUGAGCCCCAUAACAAAGAACAACACACCACCACCACUAACACCAGAACUAGCAGGGACUUGCUAUCACACAGAUAGACCCAUGUCUUGCGCUGCAUGCAUGGGUAUUCCCUGACCUGUGCCGCUUGUUGCUUAUCCUUAUCUUGGAGAGACACUUGGAAAAAAAAUUUCCUUUUAGCAGCCUCACGAUGGUCCCCAACCCCUGCAUAGCACAGCCCAUAGUGUUCACAUAGCUCUGACUAUGCAAGCCAGCACCAGCAACUAGCCACAGCGGCCGUAGCUCUGCAACACGUUGGCAGGACGGCGGCUUUUUGUGGUUCGUGGGAGGUUGGAAUAUUUGGUGAUGAGAAUAGUAGUAGUGGUGGUGAUGAUGCCAGCCAUACCUCGUAACUCCUGUAUGGCGUCAUUGUCUAGACGCAUCUACGACGUGUAUGCUGCGCAGCGCAAGCAAAGCUGGCUGAGCGCUUUUUACUUUUGCAUCCUUCCGCUGCGUGCUGUUUAUUGCGCGCGUCCAAUGGCAUUGUGUUAUGGAGCAUCAUGCGUGUACAGUUGAGCUGACUAUAUUGUACGAGGCAGACUGGCCACCCACCAACAUAUACUCUACGGCACACACAUACACAACACUGCUGCUGGAGUUUCUCUCCGUUGCCGAAGCUGCCGCCAGGACGGCCUAUGGACGCGACGGACCAGGACCACGGUGCAGUGCUAGGUUAGGAUUUACCAGGGACAAGAUGCUGCGUUGCGUUGGAUGCGACAUUGGGCUACGAUUGCCAGCGGUUGCAUCGCCCAUCAGCCAUCCGGGUGGCACGGCAUCGUUGCUAAUUACAGCAGCGGCACCGGCACCAGCAACAGCGAGGCCACGAUUGCGCGAUUAUUCGCGUUGGAGUGGAUGUUGGCCACAAAUGGCAGCAAAGCAGGAGCAGCGGUGUUAGCAGCAGUAACAAGAGCAACAGCGUAGCCUUUGUCGUUGCUGAGGAUCAUGUCGUCAGCGCGCCCACUGUAGUUUUUACUUUGCGUCGCCCACUAUGUGUAGCCUGGCGGCUCACAGCCUGGUGUGCUGGCUGAAGAAGCCUCGUGUUUUGAGAAGGAGGCAAGUCCUAUAACAUAGCCUUGUUCAAAACCUUAAUUUAUGUCUAAAAAUAUUCCACAUAUUGACAAGACAGAGCUAUUAGAAACAAUAAACAAGAAGCAAAAAAACACCACCACUUGCUCCUCUCUUCGCGCCAUCCAUCUUGUAUCAAUUAAGCAUCUUGCUCAUACCGCCUCUCCGCACCCGCGCGCCUUGUGCCUGGAAGCCAGCCAGCGAACCGAAAAGCCCGCGGCGACAGCGGCCGCAAUUCAUCUCUCACCUCCCAUCCGCUCCGAAGCCACCCAACUUUCUGGUGCUGAGGUGAAGGGGGCUGCUGUUUGUGUUUCGGCUUGCCCCUGCUCCGCCCGCCCAAUGGACCAGCCUAGACCACACGCUCACGGCAGCCCGGCACGCCUAACGCCUCUUCCCAAAACACUGACAGCUGAGCCUUCUAGUGCCCUACAGCAGCCCCUAAGCUCGGCUGCCAGCGCCCAAGCAGCCCGCUAGAAGCAUAGCACCGAGAGAAUGCGUGCGGGCGGGCGCUGUCUGAGUCUGAGCCACACUGACAGCCCGCCCCCCCGCCGCCCGCCUGUCAGCAGAGACAAGCGCUAACAGUCCAGAAGCACCGCCGACCGGUCUUUUGCCCUUUCUUUGCGCCGGCGUUUUCAGCUAGCGCCCGGGCUGUGCAGAAAACGGAUUAAUCAAACACUACUGAGUGAGUUCUGCAGCAGCCGCCCGCAUUCACUAAUGUAAUGACUAUGCGGAAUAGCUCAAUCACACAAUCUGGUUGUGUCCUCUUGUAAUCUAACCUAGGCGCCUAGCACUGCCCCCCUACCUGGCGCUACCGGCUGUCACGCUGCGUGGUAACACUGCGCUACCGAAGCCCAUAGCACCCGUCAAGUUACAAUGGUUGGCUCGCUCUUUAUGGGGUUGUGCAUUUUUUUGCCCUGCCCCCUUUUGCUACAGCGCCUGCGCCGGUCUGGAACAAUGCCGCUUAUCUGGCCAUUGCGUGCACCGGCAGCCCUGCCUCCCGCUCAUAGUCUUCUUUUUCUAAUGCCUCGUCCAUGUUCUGUAGUAACGUGAAAGAAUACAACUCUAAGGAUAAGAAAUACCUUAUAAACUGACAUCCGGCCCGCCUAUUUUCUUCGUGGCAGUUUUUUUUUUUUUUGCCCGCUGCAAGCACGCACCGUACAUUCAGCCGGCACUCACUGUUUCUGUCCAUCUUGCACUAAGAUCGUGACGGAUCCCCCCCUUCGAUCGACCCAUCCACGCCUGUCACACGCCUAGACCCUUGUGUUUUAAUUGGGCUUUUUCUGGCUUGCAUUAGUCCCCCCAGCUUCCGCUCUGCUAAAACAUCCACCACCGCCCGCCCGCUAAAAAUCGACCCUUUGCCCUCCUUCUGCCUUUGAGCGCGUCUUUGUUUUUCUUCAUCUUUCUCUUUUUUGUUUUACAUCUAACCUUUUACAUAUUAUUUUUUGCUCUUCUUCCUGUCUGUUUCAUAAUAAACACAGCACGCAAUGGAAGAGGCACAGGAAAAGAUCGCCAGAGGUAGCGGCGGCAUCGUCCACAAGUUCAAGAAGUUCAUCUUGAUCGCCGUCGGUGUCGUUGUGAUCCUCGCCAUCGCCUUGGGUGUCGGCCUGGGCAUCGGCCUCAAGAAGCUUCACGAGCACGAUGAUGACGGUGGCAGCGACGACAACAACAACACAGGAGGCAACUACCCCUUUACCAACACAUCCGCCCUCUGGCAGCCCAAGGUCGCUUCCAAGUGGCAGAUUAUCCUCCGCAAGCCCGUCGACCCUACUGCUAAGCUGACUCCUGUUGAUGCCAAGAUCUGGGAUAUUGACCUGUUUGACAACUCUGCCGAUGUCUUCAAACUGCUCAAGUCCAACAACAUCAACGUCAUCUGCUACUUUAGCGCCGGCACCUACGAGGACUGGCGCUCUGAUGCCAAGCAGUUCCAAAAGUCUGAUAUCGGCUCCCCGCUUGGUGACUGGCCCGGCGAGUCCUGGCUCAAGACUUCUUCCCCCAAUGUCCGCAAGAUCAUGGCUGCCCGUAUCAAGCUCGCUGCCGACAAGGGCUGUUCUGCUAUUGACCCCGACAACAUGGACGGCUACGACAACGACAACGGUCUCGGCCUGACCCAGGCCGACACAAUCGACUACGCUCACUGGCUUGCUGCCGAGGCCUCCAAGUACAACAUGGCUACUGGUCUCAAGAAUGCUGCCGCCGUCAUCCCCAAGGUCAUCGACCAUAUCCAGUUCUCCGUCAACGAGCAGUGUGUCGAGCAAAACGAGUGUGACUCUUACCGUCCCUUUAUCGAUGCCGGCAAGCCCGUCUUCAACAUUGAGUACCCCAAGUCUGCUGGCGACGGUAUCCAGCAAAACACCAUCAACAACAUUUGCACAAACGUCCAAAAGGGCAAGGCUCAGCCUGGCCCCAUCCAGGGCUUCAGCCAGAUUAUCAAGAAGAUGGCUCUCGACGGCUGGACCCAGUACUGCACUGGCAGCUACUUCUCCACUGCCGUCAUUAACAACUAAAAUGACCCAAGGUGGAUUGGUCUCGUCGGAUACUGCUUCUACUGUAUGACAUGUAUAAAACGUAAUGGAUAGCGAGAAAUAAAUUUAGAGUUAGAGCGAGCGAGUAGCAUAUUUUACCAGUUUAAUAGACCAAAAAUGUAUACCCUAUAUGUGGCAGACUAUGAGUGGCGUACAAAGAAAGAAAAGGUGCACUCUAAUAUAUACUAUGUUAUCUACGAUUACAACGAUUGAUGGAGGCUGUGAUAGGCGCGGCGAAGUUACAGUGGGCUAUACAAAGUGUAGCCGCCUAUAGUGGC